GCAUGUCAAACUUUUUAUUUCAAGAAUUAACAAAAAGUUACAUCCAAAAUUUAAAAAUAAUAACCAAAUUAAUGUCUUUUUCAGUUUCAAAAUGUUAUGUCCAAAUCUAUUAAUCAUUCAAUCUAUGAAAAAUAAAAAAAUAGUUAAGUGAAAGUUAUAUUUUUAAAAAUACAAAAAUUUGAGAAAUGAAAAAUUAAAUUUUUAUUUCAAAAUCUAAAUAUCCGAACUCGAUCCGAAAUAAUCGAACCCAAACAAAAAAUACCCGAACCCGACCCGAAGUACAUAAAUACCCGAACGGGUUAUAUACCUCUAUACCGAAAUACCCGAAAAUUCGAAAUACCCGAUCCAAAACCGAACGGGUCAUUUAUGGUAAGACUCGAACCCAAGUAAACGAAGGAUCAGUAGGAGAUUUAUGAUUUGUGCUAAAAUAUUUUUACAGUCCAAAAACUAUCACUGUUUAGUUGGGUAAACACUUUACAACAGAGAAAUUAUGAUCUACAAAGACAAAAAAAAUUACUUUAACAAAUUGAAAUUCUCCUUUAAAACUAUACACACUUUCUAAAUAUCCAAAGAGUUAGAUUGAUAUUUAAUUCAUGCAUCAAAGAGUUAUCAGAAAGAAAAUCCUCGUCCUUUUUUUCUAAAGGCUCCUAACCAUUUCGUGCAGAUUCAAAAAUAUAUAUUUUCCAAGACGAUCCGGUCUAAAAAUUUGAUAAAAAGUUACUAUCAUCUUAGUAGAAAAACAAAAAAUCAUAUCUUGUAUUCUCAUGCUAUUUUACCUGUCACAAAAAAUUUUAAGUUACCCUAAAAAGAUAUUAAUAUAAAUUUGUCUCACAUACGAAAAAAUCAUGCUUCAUCUGUGCCAAAAUGUAAAAUGGUUUAAAAUGUGUUAUCCAAAAUAUUGAUAUUUGAAUAUGUUAUAAUUUAUUUUGUAAUUUUUUGAAUAAUUUUGAAUUUUUAUUUUUAGUAAUACUUUUUAAAUAAUUUUUUUUCACUUUAUGUGAUGUUAUCCAAAAUAUUUUAUUUUAAAACAAAGGAAGUAUAAUCUUAGACGUAUUUCACUUUGAUAUAAGAUACUUUAACUAACAUCUACGAAGCCGAUUAAUUACCUAAAUCUCUGAUUAACACCAAACUAAAAUUGUUUAGAGAGACUUUCGUUCUGUAGGGGACCGAUUUUGUUAUUGUUUUGACGUCUCUCUUUCUAGAUGUCAGAAAAUGAUAUUAAUUUAAAUAUAUAUUAUUUUUAUUUAUUUUAGGUGAUUGCAUAAGAUAUUAUAGAUGUAUGGGGAAUUCAGUCAAGGGAAUUUAAAAAGAUGGGAAAUUAUCGUAGAAAAUACCCAUGUAAGAAAACUUACACAAUUAGCAGAUUUCAAAGAUGCGAUUGUAAAAUUAAGAUUGUCUGUCCAUAUUGGAGACCUCUUCGAGGCCAAACAUUAAUUUCGUGUCCUUCUUUGUGUUUCCCAAUUUUAGUAAAGAUUGUUCUUAACUUUUCUUCCUCCUCAAAUUUUUACUAUUAUUAUUUUUUCGGUGAAAUCUAUUGUUGAGACUCAUAGCAAUAUAGAUUAUACAGCAUACUAUUUGACAGCAAGGAAAGGUGAUUUUUUUAAAAUAAUUAGUUUAAAUGGUAAAUAUCCAAUCUAAAUUCAAGUAAAGUAUUUUCUUUAACAUCAUUUUCUCAAUCAUAUACUCUAGUUUUAGCCAAAUAAUGUUCUUUGGCUCUCAUUCUCAAAACUUUCUAUCUUUUGAAACAAUCAUUGUUUCAUUUUUCCGGUGACCGGUUUUAUGAUUUUUCGACGACCGGUUUUAUGUUUAUAUGAUUUUUCGACAACUGAUGUUAACAACGGCGCCAUAAAAGUACCAGAUUUAUCUUUUUCACUUUUUCGUCUUUCAUUAUGUUCUUCACGAGAUGUUUAGUUUUUCAAUGGUCUUAAAAGAUCAGAUCACAGACAGCGGUAAUUUGCAUGGCCUUUGGCUGAAAUUGUAACUUUAUGAACUUAAUUUGUAUAAUCGGAUCUAGUUAGGAUUUGAUAUCUCAGACUUUUUCAGUUCUUUCUCUAUAUUCCCUACGGCUUUAAGCUUUAUUUUUAAAUGGUAAGAUUGUUUUUGGAAGAGGAACGAAGGCUUGAAGUAGUGGUGGUUUGUUUCUUCAGUCUGGCCAUCCUAUGAUUUUUCUUCUUGGUUUGCAUGUCAAUUUUGAAGACGACAUAUUAAGCUUGAAACAAGGGUUUGCUAGUGGCAGUGGAGACGAGUGGAUUGCGAAGUACGGCCUAAGCUAAUCCAAACACUUGCUUUGAACUGACAAAAUUGUUUUUUUUGUCUUCAAAAUACAAACUCAAGUAAGACUCUGUGAACCAAAUCGAUACCUCACCAUCCAUAUGAACAAUAAAAUAUUAUUGCUUCCUUACACUCUGUGCAAGACUGUCCACCUUUAAAUUAUGUGUUUGUGGUAUAUGAAUGAUCUCUGAGUGAUUGAAACUUUUCCGUAGGAGUUUGAUGUCCUCCAACUAAUUUGCAAAAGUAGGUCAUUCUUCCGGUGCUAAAACCAUCUUCACCAAUCGAGAACAAUCCGUUUGCAAAUACGACGUGAUAUUGACGCAGAUUCUUCAUGCAUUCCAUGACCCAAAUGAAAGCUUCUAUUUCCGAAUGUAACGGUGAUAGACUUUCUCUUGUAUUUCUUAACCCCAUCAGACCAUCAAAGAAGUUUAAAGUACUAUACUAACCUUGUCUAGAAAAAAAAUUCAUGUGCUUUCCAUGAAUCCAUAUGUCAAACACCAUCUUCUCGGGGUGGAGGGUAAACAUGACGCCUCCAUUUCUUUUUCUGUGAAACAUUCUGAAAAAUGGUGCCUGAGCUUCUACCCAAAAUAAUGAUUCAGUUUCUGCCAGUUCAAGGGUUUCCUUCAGUUCAAUAUCUAACCGACGAAAUUGUUCAGAUCUGUUUGUUUCUUCAUCCCCUUGUGAUUCUCUUUUUUUUUUUAGAUUUUUCAUUCUGAGGAAACGAUAUCUCUGCUCUCACAAUAAAGACGUCAUCCUAUUAUAUAUUAAUUGAGAAGUCACUUAAGUGACUUUUGUUUAAGUGUCAUUCAUAAGUGAAGUUUAGAAUUAAUUCUCUUAAUUUAAUUGGUUGUUAGUAUUUUAAUUUUCAUUUAUUUAAUUAAAGUUUUAAAAAUAAAACUAAUCCUAGAACUACCUAAUCUAAUCUAUAUUACCAUACAAACAAUCAAAAAUUUUAAAGAUAGAAGAAUUAACAUAAUUUGUUUAUAAAAACAAUUAAAUACAAUGUUUUUAAACCCGGUCUAGACACUGAACCGUACGACUUACUGGAUCGUUGGGUUACUGGAUCGACCGCGGGUGAACCGCGGGUUAAUAAAUGAAUUAAUUUUAUUAUAUAAUAAUAUAUUAUCUAUGCAAAUAAAAAUAUAGAAAUUAAAGUUUAAUAUUUUCUAAAUAUUUUUUAAAACAUAAAAUAAUAGUUUGGCUAUGUAUAUAUUUUAUGGUUAAAAACAUUUAUAAAACACUUAACUUUAGGUUUUAUAUUUUUAUUUUCAUUUGACAUACAAAAUAUCAAAAAAUAGUUAGACUAUUUAAAAUUUCUUGUGACAAGAUAAGAGUUAUGACAUCUAAAAAAAUCAAGACAUAAAAUUCAUUAAUAUUUAAAUGUAUAAUGUGAAUAAUAAAUGAAACUUCAAAUCCAAAAUAAACCAAAAAUAAAAGAUCAUUGUAAUAAAUUAUCAAUAACGGAAAUAAACUAACACCAAAUCUCAUCAAUUAAUUUUAGUUUUCUUUACCAUCGUUCACUUCAUUUUUUAGAGGUGGCAUAGUAAAAUCUUCAACAAAAUCUAAAAAUCACAAAUAUAAAACUGAAAAGGGAAAAGCUAAUUUUUUUUUGUCAGCACAUAACUUCUUAAAUAGAAACUUAGAACAUAAAAGCUAAUCUAAAAACAUAAUUAAAAACUAAAAAGGAAGUAAAAUUUACUUUUUGGUUCAACUAGUAUCGGGUUCCGGGUUUUAUGGGUUUUUUGUGGGUUUCUAUAUUGGGUUUUUAACAAAACCCAAACUAGAUUUUUUCUUAGUCACUCGGUUUACCGGUUCAACCGCGGGUCCGGGUCGGAUUUCAAAACAGUAAUUAAAUAUCAUAGAUUAUAUUUAGAAAUUUAAAAUACACAUAUAAAUACAUAUGGUAUGAUAGAAAUAAUUAUAUAAAUGAUUUUAACAUAUUUAUAUUAAUAGUGGAUACAAUAAAUUAUAGAUUACAAAAAACUAAUUAAUCUAAACCUAAUGAUAUUUUGUUAUACUCCCUAUAUAUAUUGUUUUUCGAAAAUGUGUCAUAUGAAUGUAAAACAGUCAAAUAUACAAUUUUAAAAAUAUUCAGUCAUUUUUCAGUGACAAAUGUUGAUUGUAUAGUUGAAUUAUUACUUUAAAAAUGAUUAAAGUAUUUAUAUAUUUAAAAACAGAAAAAAUACAAUUAAAUAGCAUAGAUUACAUUAUAUAAAUUUAAAAUGCACAUAAAAAUACAUACGGUAUGAUAGAAAUAAUUAUAUAAACGAUUUUAACAUAUUUAUAUUAAUAGUGGAAACAAUAAAUUAUAGAUUACAGAAAACUAAUUAACCUAAACCUAAUAAUAUUUUGUUAUACUCACUAUAUAUAUUGUUUUUCUAAAAUGUGUCAUAUAAAUGCAAAACAGUCAAUAUACAAUUUUAAAACUAUUCAGUCAUUUUUCAGUGACAAAUGUUGAUUGUAUUGUUGAAUUAUUACUUUAAAAAUGAUAAAAGUAUUUGUAUAUUUAAAAACAGAAAAAUACAAUUAAAUAUCAUAUAUUACAUUAUAUAAAUUUAAAAUACACAUAUAAAUACGUAUGGUAUGAUAGAGAUAAUUAUAUAAACAAUUUUAAAAUAUUUAUAUUAAUAUUGAAUACAAUAAAUUAUAGAUAACAGAAAACUAAUUAACCUAAACCUAAUAAUAUUUUGUUAUACUCUAUAUAUAUAUAUAUUGUUUUUCUAAAAUGUCUCUUAUGAAUGCAAAAACAGUCACAUAUACAAUUUUAAGAACAUUCAGUUAUUUUUCAGUGAUAAAUGUUGAUUGUAUAGUUGAGUUAUUACUUUCAGAAAUGAUUUAAUUAUUUGUAUAUUUAAAAACAGAAAAAUAUAAACAGAAUAUUUAAAAUAAAAAAAUUAUUUUUAACAGUUACUCUCGUGGGCUCUCUGAUUUUAUACCAAAAUUAUUCAAAAUUUUAAAAAGAUUAUACAAAACCAAAACUUCUGAUUUUCAAACUAUUUAAAAUAAAAAAUUAUUUAUAAUAGUUAUGAUUUUUAUUUAAAAUUAUAAAAUUAUAAAAUUAUAAAAUAUAAAUUUCAUAAAAUAUUUAUAUCUGCGAAAUCGCGGGUAACUACCUAGGACGAUUAAAAUUAUAGAUUCUUAGACGGUAAUAGUCUCACAAGUUUUACACAACAACAAACUAGUAUUUAUAAUAACAAUAUUAAAAAAAAAAAAAAAAGUAAAGUGAUAUAAAAACACAAACACUUCUGUGUUUAUUUGUCUUUUGCCGGCGGAAACCGAAACCAUUUCAUGUAAGUGACAAACUCGAAAACCUUGUAAUCCAAUAUGUUUCAUCUCUAAUACUUCAUAAAAUCAUGGAUGAAGAAACAAUGGUUACGGGACAAAACAGAACAUCUGUUCCUGAGAAUCUGAAAAAACAGCUUGCAGUUUCAAUUCGAAGUAUUCAAUGGAGUUAUGCGAUCUUUUGGUCUGUCUCUGCUUCUCAGCCUGGAGUGUUAGAAUGGGGAGAUGGAUAUUAUAACGGAGAUAUCAAAACGAGGAAGACGAUUCAAGCUUCGGAGAUCAAAGCUGAUCAGCUUGGUUUAAGGAGGAGCGAGCAGCUUAGAGAGCUUUUUGAGUCUCUCUCCAUCGCUGAAUCUUCUUCCACUGGAACCGCCGUGGGAUCUCAGGUCAGUAGACGAGCUUCCGCCGCUGCACUCUCGCCGGAAGAUCUCGCCGACACGGAGUGGUACUACUUGGUUUGUAUGUCUUUCGUCUUCAAAAUCGGUGAAGGAAUGCCUGGACGGACGUUUGCAAACGGUGAACCGAUAUGGCUAUGCAAUGCUGGUACUGCUGAUAGUAAAGUUUUUAGCCGUUCUCUCCUCGCUAAAAGCGCUUCCGUUAAUACAGUAAUUUGCUUCCCGUUUCUUGGAGGAGUCGUUGAGAUCGGUACCACAGAACACAUUGCAGAGGAUAUGAACGUAAUACAAUGCGUGAAGAAAUCAUUCCUCGAAGCUCCUGAUUCAAACGCUUCAAUAUUACAACCAAUAUCAUCAGAUUAUCACAUAGACAACGUCCUCGAUCCGCAACACAUCCUAGGAGACGAGAUCUAUGCUCCUAUGUUUGGCACUCGGCCUUUUCAAGCAACUUCCCCGACCAGAACCACCAACGGUUUCGAUCCCGAACACGAUCAACUAGCGGAAGAUCAUGAUUCGUUCAUGGCCGAAGGAAUCAACUCUCAAGUACAAAGUUGGCAGCACAUGGACGAUGAACUCAGCAACUGCGUUCACCAAUCGCUAAAUUCCAGCGAUUGCGUCUCUCAAACGUUUGCUGAAGCAGGGGCUAGACGAGUUUCUUGCGGCGCAAGAAAGGGUAGGAUUCAAAGGUUAGGGCAUCUCCAAGAGCAACAGAAAAAUGUGAAGAUGCUAUCUUUUGAUCCAAGAAACGAUGAUGUUCAUUACCAAAGUGUUAUCUCCACAAUUUUCAAGACGAGUCACCAGCUAAUCCUCGGACCACAGUUCGGAAACUGCGAUAAGCGGUCAAGCUUCACAAGGUGGAAGAAACCAUCACCAUCAUCAUCUGGAACCGCAUCAAUCGUAGCACCAUCACAAGGAAUGUUGAAGAAGAUUAUUUUCGAGGUUCCACGAGUGCACCAGAAAGAGAAGCUGAUGCUGGAUUCACCAGUGGCUGGGGAUGAAACCGCGAACCACGCGGUUUCAGAGAAGAAACGGCGGGAGAAACUGAAUGAACGGUUCUUGAUCUUGAGAUCAAUCAUUCCUUCAGUCAAUAAGAGCGAUAAAGUAUCAAUUCUUGAUGAUACAAUUGAGUAUCUUCAAGAACUAGAGAGACGGGUUCAAGAACUAGAAUCAUGCAGAGAAUCAACCGAUACAGAAACUCGUGGGACAAUAGCAGCGAAGAGGAAGAAACCUUAUGAUGCAGGCGAAAGAACAUCAGCUAAUUGCACAAACAAUGAAAUCGGCUACGUGAAAAGAACCCAUGUCGGAGAAGCCGAACCAGCAGAAACCGGUUUAACCGAUAAUUUAAGGAUCAGGUCGUUUGGAAACGAGGUGGUAAUUGAGCUGAGAUGUGUUUGGAGAGAAGGCGUUUUGCUUGAGAUAAUGGAUGUGAUUAGUAAUCUCCACUUGGAUUCGCAUUCGGUACAAUCCUCGACCGGAGACGGUUUACUCUGCUUAACCGUCAGUUGCAAGCACAAGGGCUCAAAAAUUGCCACACCAGGAAUGAUCAAAGAGGCACUUCAAAAGGUUGCAUGGAUAUGUUGAAGACAUUUUAGCUUAAAAGUAUUAGCAAAAUAUUUUCCCGCUUAGGUUUUUGUAAUCUUUGGCAUUCUUCUAGUUUUAGGAAUUCAUGUAAACCCCAAAAAAAAGACAAAUAUUUUAUUUCUUCUUUUUGUUGCUGGUUAACGUAGGCGAAGAACUAAAAAGGGAACUUGAAAUUUUCUUUGAAGGUAGAUUGUUUUAAGAAUAUUUGUUUUGCUCUAAUAACACGAUGGAAAUCAUCUUGUGACU